AUGUCCUCUUUGUUAUAUAACUGUAGUGGUGGUGCAGGGCAGGAACCACAGGAAGGGGCAGAGAGUCUUCCCAGGUUGAGAAAUCAAAAAUCAGAAGAUGGCAUUUUGAAGAGAUCAUCAAGGGAAACAAAGACUCGAUCACUUAGUUACUCAGAGUUGGACUUACCAGCUUCUAGUUUUCUUCAGAGGUUUGGCAGUCUGACCUGGCGCAAAAAAAGGUUUAGUGCAUUGGACUACAGCAAUGCUAUUACCCCUACUGUUUCAACCCCAGCACAAUCCCAUUUGUCUUUGGGACGAUUAGACAGACCUGCUGUGGGAAAUGAACUGGAUUUAAAAAACAGACGUCCCAACUCUUGUAUUGUUGAAUAUCCUUUCCCACAGCUCACCCCUAAAAAUUCUAAACAAUGUUCUGACGGAGAACCAAAGACUCUAGAGGUGUCAACAUCAUUUGAUUGUGUAGCUAAUAAUGAGGACGAUAAAAGCUCAAGUCAGAGGACCACAAAAGGGAAGAAUGUCCAGCUGCCGUUUCCCUUUCCAGAGAGACUGGAAGGAGAAGAAGAAGAGUCACUCCCAUGUUGGGCGGAGAGUAUAUUGAAAGACUACAUGUCACAAGACCAGCAUACUCCAGGCUCACCACUCUCAUAUCCUCUGUCUAGAGACUCUCACACUUUACAGACUAUGGAGCAGCAUGAAGAACCUGACCGAUAUCGAAGUCCUCUUUAUCAUUGCAUAGUAUCAAAAGAUAUCAUACAAGAACAUGUUCCUCCGGUAAAAAUGCCUGUUAUUUCCAGCAUCUGUAUUGAAACUAUAGAACAGAAUAAACAAUUUGAUGCGCAGCAGACUCUUUUGUGUAAAGCCCAAAAAAUUAAAGCGACUGAAAGAACAACAAAACAGAUACCUCUCUAUAAUAGUAUCCCUGUAGAUGUGGCACAGAUUAGAACUGGCCAGAAAUGUAGGAAUCUGUCUGCAGAAGCACAAAAUAAUGCAUCCGGUUUUCCAGACCCAUUAAAGCUAUCUACAGAAUAUUCCCCAGGAAAAAAGGCCUGCAGCAAGAACAAUCAAACUUCUUUAGCACAUAGGAAUAAUUUACAGGAUGGGCUUCAGAAAAAGAUCCACAAUGAACAUAGACAAGUUCAUGAACCAGCACACAGUCUGUCUGAAUCCUCUAUAGUAUCCCAAGCAAAAAUGAAAGAUGACUGUAAACCACAGCAGUCACCAAACACAGCUAAAAUCAGAUAUGAAGUUAUUAUCACUAUGACUAAAGAGGAAGAAGAGCAAGAGCAGUUGCCAAGUCUGGCACAAGAAUUGGUGAAAGCUGAGGAACUUGUUGGACAAGAUCUAAGGAUGUCACCUUCAUUGGAAUCUCAGGCAUGUGGCUGCCAUGGGGCGGGUCUUACAGAUGUGACAGCCAAAGAGAUUUCAGAAACAUCUGAUCAGACUGAAAAGAAUACAACACAGGAAGAGGAGAUCCCUGAGAACAAGAGGGGAGGAGAGACCCCUAAGGGGGCACAGCUGAACAGAUCUAUUAGAUCAACAGUGGAUGAAGAGUUUUUCAUUACUGCCAGUGGCUCUGAUCAGGUGUCGGAAUCGUGCAGACCUUAUUCUACUAACAUGGAAAAACCUGAUAAUCAGCAAAAUGUCUUUGAGCUGCCCCGAUCAUCUAACAAGAAGGAUAAUGAUUUUGCAAAGCUGUCAUAUGGCCAUGUGUCUCCUCAGCUAUAUGUAGGCCAUGUAAAGGGCUUGCAGAAAGUGUUUGAAAAUAUUAGUACUAAAGAUAAUGUUAUUCAUCAUAAAGAAACCCCCAAAUCCCAACAGUAUGGAUCUCUUAGGGAGAAGAAACAUAAAGUGCCCCAAGACAUGCCUGCCACUCCGGGAUUUCAUGGACCAGUUUACUCUAAAGUUUACAAUCCUUUAAGAAAAGAUCAUUUAGAGAAAAGAAACGAACAUGUAAUAGUGACAGUAAUUGACGGUUCUGAAAAAUCAGACACUUCACCAGUGUCUACAAUAUCUAUGGACAGUAAUAGAAAAUGUUUGGAAACUAAGAGCAGUGCCAAAAAAUACAUUGGGAAUGUGGAAUUAACCAAUACGUAUAAUUCUGGCAAUGAAGCCAAAAAUAGGAAAGCAAGAGCCCAGCUUCCAGAUCUUAAUCUCCCUCCCAGGAUACCAACACCACCCCCUUACAGGACUAGGAGUAAUGUUUCAAUUUCACUGAGUUCACCAAGAGGAUGGAAAAAUGAAAGUGUUCGCUCACCUAUGUCUUCAGUUGCACAGCGGUUUGAAAAUCAGAGGAAUCAUUUUUCUCCAAAUCCAUCCCAGACAUCUGCCAAUUUUUUCUUUUCAGGAGGCAGUAUUUCUCAUGCUAAAUCAAGUUCAGAACUACAGCAAAAUGUGAUAAAGUUUGAAGAAAACCUAAUCCAACCAAGAGAUAUAACCAAAAGUUACCUUGCAAAGAACUCACAGGCAUUAAACACAGCAGACCUUACAUCAUUGUCCACAGCCAAUAUUCCCCAUGUUGUAAGCCGUUUUGUAGAUGAAAAAGAGGCAAUACACAGCAAAAGCUUUGAGGCACUUAUAAACACCAUUAGCAAUGAAAUUCAAGAAGACUCUACAGUGAAUGAAGAUUCGGGACUAGUAGACAUACAGGAAAGAUUUAAUGACAAACAUGUUGCUAAAAGAAUAUUGAUAGAAGACAGACAUGAUCAAGGCAUUGGUACUUUAGACAUGAAAGACUUAAAAUCAAGAGGUAAGGAGGUCUGUGUACAAGAAACCAUGAACACAAGCACAAUUGACAGUCAUCUUGGUCAAGGCAGCCCUCCUAUGAUAACUCCAAAAAGAAAGCCACCUGAUUAUUCACAUGAUGCCUACAUUAACCAUAAACUGAAACACACUCUUAAAAAGAAACUAGUAGAUUCAAAUGACCUAAAUAAACACAAUGCUUCACAUUGCAUGGAUCUAAACUACACAGCAGUCAACAGUAUGCCAGUUGAGAAUAGAGAUUAUAUAGGUAGAGAUUUUAGACGUGCCAACCAAAAAGUAAAGAAUAAACAUCAACCCACCAUAAUCCUUUGUACUUUUGUCAAUCAAGUAGAUCAUGACUCCAUUCAUUUAACUAAAAGAACAAAUAAUGAUGAAAUUUUGCAUUAUGGAGCAUCACUCAGCGAUCAACCACUUGAGGAAGAGACCAAAAUGAAACUAAAACAUGAAGCAGAAUUAAAAAACAAACAUGCAGAAGUCAUUCAGUGUGAUGUUAAAAAUAACUUAGAAUCCAGUACUAAUACUCUUUAUGAAUAUCAGUCUACAACUAUAGUAAACCAGGGUAAACCCCUAACGGAUCAAUCUGAGGGAGAAGUUUUUACUAUCCUAAAUAAAGGUGAGGACACUGUAGAUCUAGAAACAAAUAUUACGAGUUCAGCAGAUAAUAAUGAGGAAGGCAAAACUGAUGUGCCAGAAAGAGCUGAUGGUGAUGUCAGUUCUGUAACAUUAAAUAAAGAGGUAAUAGAAAGUCAGAUAGAACUGCCAGAAAUGGACAUUUCAGAAGAUUAUAAUGGUUUUGAGCAACCUGUAGGAGAUAUACAAAUGGACAAGAUUGAAAAAAUGUCCAUAAUGCAGAAUGAUAAAUAUUUAACCAAAGUAACUAAAGAUGCACCAUUCAAUAAAGAGGUAAUAGAAAGUCACACAAGACAGCAAGAAAUUGACAUUUCAGAAGAUAAUGCUUUUGAACAACCUCUAGGAGAUAUACAAAUGGACCAGGUUGAAAAAGUAGCCAUAAUGCAGAAUGAUACCUAUUUAACUGAAGUAACUGAAGAUGCACCAUUAAACAAAGAGGUAAUAGAAAGUCACAUAGAACAGCCAGAAAUUGACAUUUCAGAAGAUUAUGAUUUUGUGUGGAACAAAGCUGAGGACAAAACUUUAGGAGAACUAUCAAACACAGAGUAUAAUAACCACAAAGUUGACAAAGAAGUAAAUAACCAAGAGCUACAUUAUAUUGUUUCUAUAACAACCAUCGAUGGGCAAAUGGACUACGUGAAUGAGUUCAAACACAACCAAAUUUUGAGACAUGUAGGUUCUGUAGAUAUAUUAGAGCAGGUCGAAAAUGAAGAAGCACAAUUGACAGAUCAACUAGUUAAUAAUGUGAAAGAUGGAUCCUCAUUGGCUGAAGAUAAAUCUAAAUAUGAACAAAAUAUAACGGAAAAUGAUUUUCUGUCCACAGAUUCUAUUCCAAAUACUGUUGGUAGUAAUGUAAUGGGCCAUGGUCAAAAUGUUGAGGUCAGUGUGGAAAUAAAAUGUGAACACAUGGAAAAUGUAAGUGAUAUUAGUGAGAAUUCUACAGUAGUGAAACAUACAGUAACUGUGAUUCAGGAAAAGACCAAUAAAAUUGAUAUAAAUACUGUAGACAUGACAGACCAAAGUAUUCUGAUUGCAGCUGUAGCAGAGGAUGAGCCAGUUACUCAUGAGACCCACUUGUUUGCCAAUGACAUGACUGUGAGCACAGAGGUGGAGCAGUCAAAGGAGAUAAUAAAAAUUGCUGAGUCUAAGGACCCAGCAGCACAGGAGGUAAUUGUCCUCGUUGACUCUUCUAUAGAGAUCAGUGAGCAAACAUUUAACAAUUUCAAAGAAGAUCCUGAUAACAUGUUGAAUACUGAUGUAAAUGACAAUCAUAUGUCAGAUACACAUGUGCUAUAUAACAAUACAGCACAAACAGGUGAUGUCAUUGUGGAUUAUAAUAAUCAGAAUACUGAUCUCCUAAGUGAACGUCAUGAGAAUGGUGCAGAGCAAGCUUUAGAAGUGAUUAGUCAGUUUGUGAAUAAUAAGGUAAUAGAAACAACUGUCCUAGUUAGUGAAGAGGACUGUGGUAUUUUUACUGAAGAUAAAGAUAAGGUAAUAAUAAAACUACCUGUAAAUGUGUUUGUGGAUCAGACUAGUGAUUUGGUCAAUGACCAAGCUGAACAAAAUGGGCACAUCUUUUCAGUAGAAAGUUUGACAGUGGACAAUAGUAAUUCAACGGGUGAAGCUGCACAAAGCACCUUGAGGCAAUCUGAUAAGACACAAAACAUUUCAGAUAUAUUAGGGCAAAAGACCAGCUUGACAGGGGAGAAUGAGGAAAAUGAUAGCCUUAAUGGGGUCAGGCUUCAUAUUUUUGUAGAAAAAGUAAUUGAGCAACCUCUAGUAGAAAUACAAAUGAAUCAAGUUGAAAAAGUGGCCGUAAUGCAGAAUGAUAAAUGUUUGACCAAAGUAACUGAAGAUGCAGUUUAUGACAAAGAGGAUGCAUUAGAGCCUGAUAUGACUAAUGAAAUACAUGCGCAUACACGGGUAAAAAUUACUAAUGACAUUUUGACAUGUAUUGAUAGUAAGAACUCUUUAGAUGAUCAACCAAGUGAAAAUACUCAGAUGGGUAAAGAUAUAGCAAAUCGUGUUGUAGAGGAAAUAAGCCAAUUGAAAGGUCUGGAUGAUAAUCUUCUCUUGAGUGAACAGCAAGCAGAACAUUUAAAUGAUCAAUCACCUACAUUGUAUAGUAGUGGUAUGCAGACUACUUCACAACUGCCAGAAACAAAUGAAUUCCAAAGAAGAAAAAAUAUUGAUACACAUGAUUCCAACUUUUAUUCGUCCUUAAACAAGUUAAAUGGAGACAUUUCGGGGAUCUCAUUGUUGUAUGUGGAGAAAAAUAAUCCUGCUAAUCAUGGGAAUAUGGCAAGUGCGAAUACAAUUGACCCACAAAUACAUCAAAACUCAGUAGAGCAAACAACCAGAAUUUUUCAACACUUUCAUCUUACUAAUUCAGAAAAUAAUUUAAAUGAUGCAACGAUGACAGAACAUGCUAGAAACUGUGCAGAAGAGGAAGAAUCAGAUUCUUCAGAAAAUAUGGAGAUGUGGCUGAGCAAAUUACGACAGUUAGAAACCCCUGAGUUUAUGAAACAUCUUAGAGAACCUCGUCAGCCUCGUUGCUCCGCACUAAGCAUGUAUGCCACUCUGCCUCCUAUAAAAGAGGAUCAGGCUUCACCAAAAAGUGACUGCUUUGAUUUCAGGGUGGCUCUUCCCGAGAUAAAGGAAAAGAAAAUCACACCCGAAGAAGGUGAAUCAACAGUAGAACCUAAUGUUGUAGACCAAACUGAAAAGUCAGAAGAGGAUGAAAAGAAAUAUUCAUGGGAAAGAAACACAGAAAGCUCCAAGGUUAGGUCAUCCCCACUGGAACUAAUGAGAAAACACUCUGGGGAUGAUGGUUCUAGAAGUGACAGCUACAAGGCUUUUAUUGCACAAAAUAUUAGUCAAAGGCAAAGUUCUAUCAUUGGCUCCCUACUUCUAUCUGAAAAGUUAGAUAAAAAGACAGACACAUCUGAAGGUAAAUCCUAUUCCAGACUUGAAAGCAGUUUUCUCCUCAGUAGUUACCUGAAACCCCAAAAAGAUAAACUGGGGGUAACAAAAGAAACAGAAACAGUUUUGGAGAAUUCCAUAUCUGAAAAUGAUACUGAUACAGCCACAACUAAUGAUACUUUAACUAGCACUACAAGCGAUCCUAAACAAGAAGAUAAUGUAGACUGUUCCAUUCCAGAGGUCAAUCACAUAACAGAAAUUGAUUCAACUGAGCAGCCAUCCAAGCUGGAUAUUCCAGUAUCUACCCCUAUCAAAGUUUUCCCGGAUGUCUGGCAUCACCCAGGGAAAAGUCAUGGCAAAUUGAAUCCAAGACCAGGAAAGAUCAUACUAUUUUCAGAGCCUGGUUUCAGGGGUCACAGUUAUGAGAUCUAUAGUGAUGUGGGUAACACCUGUGAAUGGGAACUGCAGGGAAAGAUCUCUGUUCGGAUUAUUCGAGGAGGAUGGCUUUUAUAUGAGAAGCCAUAUUUCCGAGGAAGACGUGUUAUUCUUUUAGAAGGAGACACUGAUUUGACGUGUCCAUGGGAAGUUCAAGACAAAUCAUCUAAAGACCCACAAAGGGAUACUACGAAACCCAAAUCUUGGAUUGGAUCAUUGCGCCAUUUGGUUCGGGAUUUCCAGGUCCCUCGAAUAAGUCUGUUUUUGGAUGAAAAUGGAGAGGGUAAUAAGAUUACAAUACUGGGAGCAGCUUCAGAUUCAUGUGUUAAUGGCCAGCCCAUCAAAACAGAAUCCAUCAUAGUGCACAGUGGACUCUGGCUAGUGUACAGUAAACCAUUUUUUGAAGGGGACCCUUAUAUUUUGGAGCCUGGAGGAUAUCCUAACAGAAAAGCCUGGAAUGGGCAUGACUCACAUUUAUGCUCCUUGCAACCUGCACGUAUUGGAGGUCCCACAGUGGAAAAGCCUAAUGAACCCAAGAUUCAUGUGUUCCAACACCCUGAAUUUAAAGGACACAGCUGGGAAGUGACCAGAGACCUUCACUCACUACAAGGAGAGCCUAACCAGCAGGGAGAGCGUCUCACUAGUGUAGGCUCUUUAAAAGUGCUUGGAGGGUGUUGGGUAGCAUACGAGAAGGAAGGCUUUCAUGGUCACCAAUACCUUCUAGAGGAAGGGGAAUAUCAGAAAUGGUCUCAGUGGGGUGGUUGUACUGAAGAAUUAGGAUCACUUCGGCUUAUCCGUACGGAUUUUUCAGAACCUGAAAUAAUACUAUACGAGAAGCCGGGAUGCUUAGAGGGUUCAUGUUUGCGUCUGAAUGAAGCUUUGGCAGAUAUAGAGGUUGCAGACUAUGGGACGAGUACUGGCUCUAUCCAAGUGCUGAAUGGAGUGUGGGUGGCCUAUGAAAACGUUGACUUCUCGGGAGAGCAAUAUAUUUUAGAAAAAGGGAUUUAUCACAGCUAUCAUGACUGGGGAGCUAAAGACAGCCAGAUCUGUGCUGUUCAGCCUGUACUACAGGUUGGAGGUCAGAGUCUUCAAUAUUUAUCUAAGAUACAACUUUUUUCUGAGCCCAACUUCCAUGGUGACUGUAUGACAUACACAGAGGACCGCAUAUUACUGCCAAAAACCUUUUCACCCCAGUCGUGUCGGAUAGAAGGGGGCAGUUGGGUUUUGUAUGAAGGUGAGGAUUGCUGUGGUGAGCAAUUCAUACUGGUUGAGGGUGAUUAUCCUACACGUACUGCUAUGGGUUGCCAGGCAAUGAGUGCUAUACAAUCUCUUAAGAAGGUUCCACUUUAUUUUUCAAUUCCCUCCAUAUCACUUCAUGGCUUAGAGAGAUUUGAAGGCAAGGAGCUAGAAUUUACUGGCACAGUUCGGAGCCUGCAAGGUGAAGGAUACAACAACCAUGUGAUGUCUGUUAAAGUGGCGAGUGGAAUAUGGGUGCUUUAUGAGCACAGUGAUUUUCGUGGAAGACAGUGGCUUUUACAACAGACACAAAUCACCAACUGGUUGCUGUUCAGUGGCACCCAGAGAAUCGGAUCACUCUGUCCUAUUAGACAGAGGAGAGUAUAUUUCCGACUACGAAACCAUGCCCUAGGCCUAUUCUUAUGCGUUUCAGAGCCAGCUGAGAACAUGAAAGCUGCACGUGUCCAAGUCAGUGAGCCAAGAGAGGGAAGCUGUGAUCUUUGGUACUAUGAGGAAGGGCGCAUCAAGAAUCAGAUGACUCCUCAAAUGAGCCUUCAGGUAGUUGGCAUGACUAGCCCAGGGACAAAAGUCGUCAUGUGGUCAGAGGGGCGCAAGCCAAUUCAAACCUGGACAAUCGAGGAUACUGGUCUUAUAAUGAGUUGUUUGUUUGAGGGCUUGUGUCUGGAUAUAAAGGGUGGGCACAGCUACGACUCAGACCAUGCUGUAGUGUGGGAGACCGCAGAGGACAGGUUAACUCAACGUUGGGUUCUUGAAGUCUUCUAAAACCAUAAGUACUUUGUUUUCCAGACCUGGAUAAUCUUGGUUUCUGACAUUAGGCUCAUAAAUUGGAUUUCAGUGCAAGCUGCAUUAUUCCUAUCAAGACAAUUAAUGGACUCACACUACAGUUAGGUUUACAGGAGCCCCAUCAUCCUAUGCUCCUCACUACAGUAUUACCUAUGAUAAGAUGCAGACUGGCAGACCUUAUGAACCUUCGACUGGCAUGAUAAGCACUUUCCUACCCACAUAUGUAAUAACCAACUGAUAAUCAAAAUCUGUAAAAUGUGAAACUCCAGCUGAAGAUCACGGGGUGCAGUAGAUGUUCUGUGUAUAGUAUUAUCAAGUAUCAAGUUUGAGGUACUAGAAUAUUUAUAUUAUAUAUAUUUUUAUACAGUCUUGCAGUCUCUGUCAUUCUUUUCUAAUUCACAAGUUCGUGGUGAUUGUGUAUAUACUAUAUUAUAUAUGGGACUUCAUUAAAAUGAAUAAACACGCAGCUGGGUCAGUAACAUU